AUGCUGACAGUUAUUUUAAUGAAAAUCUCUGAUAUUGCUCCCCCAAUUAAUGUUUCUACCACCUAUAGAUAUGAUGAGCAUAAUUUAAUACCUGCUGCAGAAGUUAAAGAUUUUUUGAGCUCAAUCGAAGAAAAUCCAGUUUAUUCACGAGAAUCCCAUGCUAACAGUUCGAGGGUUCAGAAGGUAUUAUCAAAAGUUUUGAAUGGCCAUGCAGUUAUAUACAACUCAGGCUGCUCGGCUUUUCACGCGCUAAUGUGUCAUUAUAAUCCAAAGCGGAUAUUUUUUGAUGAAUCAUAUUUUGGUAUUAAAGCUAUUGCAAAUUUAAUCACUAGAAAUUACGGUUUGAAACAGUAUAGCUUAAAGGACAUCGAUAAAUUUGCACAAGAAGGAGAUAUUAUUCAUAUUGAAACACCACUCAACCCUUUUGGUACUGCUAUCAAUAUCAAAGAAAUUGCUGUUAAGGCACAUGCAAAAAAGGCAUUGUUAUCCGUUGAUUCAACUUUAGCACCACCCCCAUUACAAAAUGCAUUUGAUUUCGGAGCUGAUAUUGUCCUUCAUUCUGCUACAAAAUAUCUUGGAGGACACUCUGAUUUGUUAGCAGGCGUUUUGGUAGUCAAGACUGAGAAGGAAGCAAGAGCAUUAAUCGAAGAUAGGAUUCAUCUGGGAACUAAUAUCGGAAAUCUUGAAAGUUUUUUGCUAUUGAGAUCUUUGAGAACUUAUGAAAUGAGGUUAUCUACGCAAUCUCAAAAUGUGGUUAAAAUAGUUAACUUUUUAGAAACUAAUCGAUGCCAAUAUAAGAACGUUAUACAACAUAUUUAUCAUUCCUCUUUACAGAAGGAAGUUUUCGUUUCAGAACAGCUAAGUAAAGGACAUACUGCUGUUUUCGCUGUUAUUUUCAAAAGCCAAGAACAGUGUAAAAAUUUUGUUCAAUAUCUGAAGUACUUUCAACAUGCGACAUCACUCGGUGGGGUCGAAUCACUUGUUGAAUGGAGAGCAAUGAGUGAUCCUGACAUCGACCCAUGUUUAAUCAGAUUUUCUAUUGGAUGUGAAAAUGCAGAAGAUUUAAUUGAAGAUUUAAAAUCUGCACUGUGCAGACUAGAAAAAGAGAAUAUUAACAUGUAG